AUGGGCCUCCCCAGCAACCCUGGGCUGAGCAAAGGGCAGCCUCCCCACAAAGCAACAAGUCUCCAACACUUGCGCGAAUCGCCCAACACGAUUCUCCAGCAGCCCGCUAACCCCUUCCCUGCCAACUCCGGGUUAGGCGUGCAGUCUAACCAACCACCGCCGCAUAGCGAAAAUCUUGUUCAGGAGCAGCCGGUCGCUGCACUGUCGCCAAUACUUGAGGCGAGGUCACCUCAAUCCCCGUCAGGGUUAUCAGUGAACGAGCGUGCCCGAUCCCAAAUUCCCGAUGAUGCCGAACCUGCUGGAGAGGAGUCAUCUGUUUUGAGCCCCGCCAUCACUAGCCCAGCGGUGAUUUCUACCGUAUCGGCUGACCUUCCUCAGCCUACUAUCGCAACCUCAAUUCCUGCCACGACGGAGGACCAGUCAUCCACCAUGAACAUCACGCCUACGGCUCCAUUGAAUCCUAGGGUUGUGCCGAACGAAACCUUCGAUCUGCCGCUGCCCCAUCGCCAAUCGACCUUCGACACCACAACCUCCACCCCUACCGAUGUUCUCCGGCCUCACCAACCCCAAGACAGCGGAAUACGAGAAAGUACCUAUCUUCCGUCCGUUUACGAUGACUACUGGGCCACUACCGCAGACGACAAGGAUAAUGUCCAACCCGAUGUCCCUCCUCUACCUGAACAGGCGGUCGCUCCUCUUCUGCCGCGCGCAAAGUCGCCGGAAAAGGGCGAAUCCUCGCCUGUCACGGACUCGUCUGCGGAGUUGCGGCGCCGGUUCUCGUGGGAGGCCGAAGCCGAGCCCACUAAGUCACCUGCAACAGUAAACGGCCCGGUUGCUGCUCCUGUAGAUUCGUCUCUCGGAACACCUGCUACAGCUGCGGACGUUGCUACUGCUAGUCUACAGAUAACGCAUCAAGGGGCCGACGAGAACAAAUCGGCGGAACUUGACGCUCUCGUAAGCCGUGAGGAUGCUGAGUCCAGACGAGGGUCUGAGGCGAGCGCGACACUGGAUGCUACUACCGCAGCAGCGCUUGCCUCCGAUGCUGGUCUUUUGGCUGACAAUGCCACCACGAUGGAGCCGUUACCCGAAGGCGACCCUCGCCGUCUCUCGCUCGCGGCUGAGAAGCAAAUCAUGCAAUUAUCAUCGGAGGAAGUUGAGAACGACCUGUCUGAGGGACACCCCGCCCUCCAGGAUACCCAUCCGGAAUCCCUCCCGGUACCACCGCCUGCAGAAACUUCGGCUCCACAGCCGCCGAAACUACUCUCUUUCCGGGAAAUUAUGGAGAUCGCCACUCCCCAAGAGCGCAUCCAGAAGUUCGACGAGACCCGUGUGCAGUUCGCCACCAUGGACCAAGGCCUUAACAACUGGAUUGUCACCAUGAGGGCGCACCCGGAGCACAGCACCGUGUCGUCCGCAUUCCAAGCUCCUGGGAUCCAGAUGAUACCGGGUCCUGCGGAAGCGGGCGGUGCUGGCUUGGUGGGUUCGCCCACGACGGCUGGCGUGAAUCAGCAUGCGCAACAGCCCUACUUCCAGCAAUACCUCAACGCCAGCUCGACGCAACUUGGCACACCCGUCCGGAAUACCAUGCCGGGCACCGCCACUCACAACCAUAGCAGCGACUUUAGGCACUCGAGCCAGCAGGUGGGCACGAAGAGCAAGGAGCUUCUCAUGGCGGCUGCCAAGACUCAGUCCGAUAGGCGCAUGUCGUGGGGCGUCAAGUUUGGCGCCAAGGCUAGUCCACAUCCGGAGGGUCCCGGCCAACCACCAUCGCAACCCGCCGCCACCGACCCGGACUCACGACAAUCCCACCUCCAGCCGAUCCUGCCCCCGCCGUCCGUCCUCACCAGCUCCUCUGAGAUGGUGUCGCCCGUUUCCGAUUUCAAUUCCAAACCGCCUUCUCGAGACGGCGACGACGUUUUUGCCCCGCAGGUCCGCGGGCCGGGCGCUACAAACGCCGCCGCUAACACCGGCGACACGAGGCCGCAGACUCCACCCACGCUCAAGUCUAGGUGGGCCCCUGUGGGUAAGAGCCCCUUGGCGCAACGGAAUAGCCCCGAACAAGUAGGGGCGGAGGGUCCCAAUCCGGACACUCCCACUAGGGCCGGGAGCCGCCUCAGCGGGGCUCCAUCCGAGGAUUGGGUUGUCGUGUCGCCUGGUCAGCCUGCCGAGCAGAACGGAGUCAGUGAUGUGGGUGGCGCGGGUGAUGCUGCGCUGCUAAACCAGUCUCCCCAACGCCAAACUUCCUUUGUCGGGCUGCCUCCGAUUCGGCGGUCCUCGACCUUCGGCGUGGACCGAGUUGCUGCCAACAACUCGGAUUCGGUCCCCAUCACGCCUGUCACGAACACGCCGCCCAUCCCUAGUGUCCCCGAGGAGGUUCUUGCUCAGGCGCUCGAUGGCCAGACGAUUGGUAAUGACUUUAGCCGUUCUGACGAGGACAUUCUUGGUAAAGGCAAAGAGUUGGCUCCACCAUCCCCCGAGGCCCCCGCCCCGGCCCACAGCGGCCUUCAACCUCAGGUCCCAACGGUCACACCGCCCGCGGAGACCGCACGCACCUUCUAUCAACAGCCGCAGGAGGGGCGGAGCACCAUCCCAUCGGCACGCCUGGCCCUUCUAUCUCGCGUAACCUGCCAACCACCAUCACAGCCAAUCCUCUUUGUUGGGUACGAGAAGGAGACGGGCGUUGAUGAGGAAGUUGCCGCCGACGAGUCAAGCGAUGACGGAGUGGAUGAGGAGAAGCAGAGAGGCGGUGUCACGUUAGCGACAGUUGAGAAUGACCGCGAUGAAGAAAAGGCCAAGGCGCUAAUUGACUCGGAUGACGAGCCUGUCCUGGCAGCUGCUAUCGCGGCUGCCACCGCAGCCACUGUAGGUGGCGCCGCGGUUGCCCCUUCUCCCGCUUCGGAUCACGCCCUAAGGAACCCAGCGUCCCAUCCGGACGAUCCGGUACCCAACCCACAGGCCCCAGCCGAGCGCCCCGAUAGACAGACCUCCACACCGCCCGUGGCGGCGCACCGAUACCCCAAUCUAUUCCUUCCACCCCAGCAGCAACGCCCGGGACAACCUCAGCCACACAUGCACAUCCAACACCCCGGCCAGGUCCCUCCGCAGAGCCAGCCUAUCAUGUAUGGGCCAGGUAGCGGCCCUACGACCGCCCAUCGACCCCCUUCGGCCGAUGGAGGGUCGAGGCGCAACUCGGGCAUUUUCAGCCAAUUGGGGGAGCGCAUCAUUAAAUCUACUUCCUCACGGCCCUCAUCUCAGCUGGGACCAAAGCCUCCGGUGGGAGCCGACGACGAUGCGGUCUCCGAGGCGAGUUUUGCGACCGGCGGCCAGCCGGCACCCGUAACGCGUGAGCGCCGCCGCUCGAGCUUCUUCCUCAACCUUAAACCGGGGUCCUCCUCAGCUCAUGCGGGAGAUGGAAACAGUGCGCCUCCGCGUAGUAGGGACAGUAUGCUAGCGCACUCGCCAGGCACUCUAGACCAACGGAGCCCCGCAACCGUUACCUCGUUCGACGCGGCGGCGGCGCAGCCCGUGGGGAAGAGGAGGCUCUUUUUCGGAUCGUCCAGGGGGAGCGGUGGCGGCGGCGCGGCAUCACAGCUUGGCGAUGGCGUCGCCGUUGAAUCAUCGCCUGCGAAGCCUGGCUCAGCAGGAGGCCCUGGAGGGGAAGCCGCUGCGCAGCAACAGGUCCAACAGCAGUUCCAACAGCCCCCGCCCCAGGCCCAGGGUCCGCACCCGCACUCCGUAGCCUCCUCGGCCCCGCCUCACUCACGUAACACAUCCAACCAACUGCCCCCGAACAUGGCCACUGCUGCACCUCUGAACAACAGCACUGGAGGCGUUGGGGUGCCGCCACCGUCGCGGGGUAGGAGCGGCACGACGGGAUCGCUACCGGGACCUAGCCCCUCGGGCACCAUUUCGCUGCGGCUCAGGCACCCCCAGCGCCUGAGGAACGUGGCCGCAGGGUCUCAGGCCCAGGCGCGACAGCGCAUGAUGAUGAUGCCUGCACCCCAGACUACAGAAGGUGUUCUCGGUCCUCGAGGACCGCAGGGACUUCAGGGACCUCAAGGACUUCAAGGUCGUCCAGCCCAACCCCAGGUCGGCGGCGGGCUUCCGAUAAGCCAACCUAGUCCCGCGCCAGUUGCCCAGCAAGCCCAGCCACAGCAACCGGCAUCCCCCGUCACCCCCGCGCCUCAGAGCAUCACCAACCAAGGGUCCCCUAUUCACAAGCAAUUGCCCACAGCCGCGCCGCCUCUUCACCCAACAACUGACUUACGGGCGAGUCCCGCUAGUGCCCGAAACCUCGAAGGCCCACAGGGACCGCAGGCAACCGCGGCUGGUGGCUCGCCCGAUCCAGCGCAACUUUGGAGACCCAUUGCUGUGCAGCAGCAAGGGCAUGAACAGGUGGGGGCUACGCAGCAGACACAGCAACCGCAGACCCAACCUCAGCCUGAGCCUCAGCCUCAGCUUCAAGUCAAGGCUGAACUUGUAGAUCCUCCUACCACUACCGGAAGUCCUUCGGUCAAGUCCCCCAUCUCUACUGGUGACGUCUCCGCCCCUUCGCCAGCUACAAGCCCAGCCGCGACAGGUGGUGUCUCCGCCGCUAGCCCAGAGAUCCCGGCCGCGAAAUGGGAGGACCCCUACGGGACAAGCCCUGCACCCCAGCCGCUGCCACAGCAUCAGGAGGAGCAGCCCCUGCCUACGGCGGCUUUACUAGCUGCCCGCGCGUCGCUCUCGUCCGCGGCAUCCCCGGGACCUACGCCCACACAGCAACACACCGCAUCACCAAUCCUCGGUGACCCAGCUACCGAAUCCGCGCGUAGCUCCCACGCGCUUGAUCAAUCCCCAUCCCGUGGCGGGUCUGUCACCUCAGUACCUACUAAGACGGCCCAGAGCCCCCUAUCGGAGUCGGCGAUGGAGUCACCGCGACCCGGACCCGAGAAUACAUUGGGUAUCCAAAAGCCCGAUGUCCCGGCGAGCCAUUCUCUCGCUGCCGAAGUUACGCCCGCGGCAACGGCAUCGCAGGCUCCCACGCCUGUCUCGCAGGUUUCUCCACUUGUAAACCAAGGGGCAUUUGCAGGGCAGCCGCCCGCCGCGGCAACGGUGCAUGGUUCCCAAAUGCCAACAAUUCGACCAGUUGCCGGGGCGCUCCAGAACCCGCCGCAACAGCUGCCUCAAGGCCAACAGCCUAUGCUGCCGGGCCAGCAGCAAGUCGCACCCGGGCAGCAAUUCUACCCUCCCAGGCCCGUGGCCGGACAGUGGAGGCCUGGACCAGGACAAGGGCCCUUCCCAGGUCAAUUCGUCCCUGGUCAGCCGAUGCCUGGUCAGCCGAUGCCUGGCCAACCUAUUCUCGGGCAGUAUAGGCCUAGCCCCCAAAUUGCCGGCCAAGCCACGCCGGGCGCAGGCCUCCCGCAGUCACAACAGCCGCCUGCUCCUUGGGCGAUGAACCGCACGCUUACACAGACCUCAACGGCUUCGGCUCCGCCUCAGGCUGCCGGUGUACCUCCACAGUUUCGGCCUAGCCAACCUCCUCAGCUAGCUCACCAGCAGUCGAUGCCGGCAGAGGGAGCAUCGAAGUGGUGGACCAAGGCGGGCCAAAGCGGACAGCAACAGCCGCCACAGCAGUUGCAGCAGCAGUUGCAGCAGCAGCAGCAGUUGCAGCCACAGUCUCAGUCGCGCCCGGGAAGUGUAGUCCAAGCACCCUCUCCAGCUCUUGCGCAGGGCGGCAAGCCCGAAAAGUCAUCGAUGAAGUCGUUCCUUAACGCUUUCAAGCGCAGCUCUAAACAGCCUGAGCCUAGGCAGGCGACGCCCCAGGGUUACCCACAAGGCUACGCGCAUCCCGGCCAGCCAGGACAAUACGCGUACCGCCCCGGUCAAGGCAUGCCCGAGCAGCGUAUCCCGAGUCAGACCGUCUUCGCGCAUCCCGCUCCCAACCAGCUCACCCAACAGCCUACUGGCGGCUCAGGCGUAGUCCAGGCAGGCCUACCUGGCCAGCUCACUCAACAGCCUACUGGCGGAUCAGGUGUGGUCCUGGUAGCGCCCGGCCAGAGGGCUGGGCCGGGCUUUGUGCCUCAGCAAGGUGGUAUGUACGGACCGGUGCCUGGAAUGCAAUACGGCAUGCCUCUCGGAGCGCAGCAAUUUGUGAUUCCUGGCCAGCAGCAGCAGCAGCAGCUCGUUAUGUCUAGCGGUGUCAUGGUGCCCGUCCCUGGCCAACAACAGCAGUUCAGCCAGCCUCAGACGCCCGCGUCGGGACAUUCGACGCCCGCACAAGAAACUGCCAGGCCAGCGCCUCCCCAGGGCCAGUAUCAGCAGCUUUAUAGGCAAAGCACCGGUUCACCCCCAGCGCCCUCGAUAAGGUCGUCCAUUCACUCCACCGUCCAGGCCAGCCAAUCGCCAGCCCUUUCACAACAUCAUGCUAGCCUCCACAUGAGGUCCGCCAGCCAGCAGAGUGAAGCCAACCCCAGAGUCAUGCAACAUCCACCGAUGGUUAGCGGCGGAGGAGUAGCCCUCUCGCAGCCGGGCGCCCCGCAGAUUCCUCUGCCCGCGGUGCUCCCCUCCGCGGAUGUCCCCGGGGUAGCCACAACCCCCACGCCACCGCCACCGCCACCCAGCGCCCACAAGCCUCUUCCCGUACCUGGUCACCUCGUGGCGGACCAGCGCCCGAUGAGCGAUGUGAGCCAAAUCUCAACGGAGAGCCCCGGAUCACAAUCGCCGCGACCGACCGACGAACCGAGGAUCGCCACAGCGGCAAACUUUGGACAUAGCAGGAACAUCUCGCAGGCGACGGUGGGCCAGCACAGCACCAUUUCGGACGUGGGCAGCGCCAAGGCCGACCCAGACAGGGCGAAACUCACAGUAGAUACAGGGGCGGCGGCUUCGAAGAGGAUAUCGCAGGAUGAUCUAUACAAUGCUACGCCGCGGAAGCUACCCGUCACAGACACUCAGCGCGGAACAGAAGAUGUGAGUGCUCCGGGACCCUGGGUGUUGGCGCAUACUGGGCCCGCGGCCGUCACUGUGGCGGGCACAGCCCUUGCCGCAGGCGCGGCGGGUGUUGCCGUGCUCGGGAGGGACAACACGCAAGAUAGCGUGCAGACUACGAGGUCGGCGGACACAGUCGAGACGACUACACAGGCAACGCAAGCCACCGUACAAGCAGAGCCAGCUACCCAAGCGACGUUGGAUUCAUCAGAAGAAGAGGAGGAAGAUAACGACGACCCAGCCCUGCGUGAGUGGAAGGUAGCCCAGGAGGAGAAGCGACAGAAGCUCCUUGCAGAAGCGCAGCAGGAGAAGAUUUUGGUGGAAGGGCAGGAGGGCCUGCCCGGAAACGAGGUUACUGAGGAUGCGCCACAGAUGAGCGCAACGAGCUAUCCUGGGCAAGAGUGGAACCCUUACUCGUACGAGUAUUACUGA